AUGUCCUACGCGAACGGUACCGCAUUCCCAGACGAGGAUGUCGAGGAGGAAACCCUCGUGGCAGACUAUCAAGAGCAAGUGAACAACUAUGAUGAGGGCGCAGACUUGGAACGCGGAGACUCGAUCAUCAGUGGCGGACCAGCAGAUUUGCGAGCGCAACUUGAAGCCGCCGCGGCUCCUCUGGAGUUCCAAGCGAGCUUGGAGACCAAAUUUCAAAGCUAUGACAACUACUGCUCACUUUUCCACUACAUCCUCAACUCCGAUGGCCCUGUAGAAAUUGAGACGCCUUCCUACUACUGGGCUUGGGAUGUGAUCGAUGAAUUCAUCUACCAAUUCGAAUCAUUCUGUCGCUAUCGUAACCGGGUCGCCCGCACUGCACCUACGGAAGAAGAGGCGCAAAUUCUGCGAGACAAUCCAAACACAUGGGGCUGCUACAGCGUUCUUAACGUCCUGUACUCAUUGAUCCAGCGUUCGCAGAUCAACGAACAGCUUGCUGCCACGAAGAGAGGGGAAGAUCCCAUGGCAGUGGCGGGCGAGUACGGCUCACGUCCUCUUUACCGUAUGCUCGGAUACUUCUCCAUCAUCGGUCUUUUGCGAGUGCACUGUCUCCUUGGAGACUUUAGUCUUGCCCUUAAGACCCUGGACGACAUCGAAAUGAACAAGAAAGCCAUGUUUGCCCGCGUCAUGGCUGCGCAUUUGAACACAUACUAUUAUGUCGGCUUCUCUUACAUGAUGCUUCGUCGUUAUGCGGACGCCGUGCGCAUGUUCAGCCACAUCCUGGUGUACGUAUCUCGCACCAAGAAUUUCCAAAAGGGACCCAAUCAAGGGCAGUUCGAUGCCAUCGCAAAGAAGACCGAGCAAAUGUAUGCUCUCAUCGCCAUCUGUGUGUCCUUUGCGCCCACUCGCUUGGACGACUCCAUCCACACGGCCCUCCGCGAAAAAUACGGCGAGAAGUUUGCAAAACUGCAACGCGGGGGCACAGACAGCUUGCCAAUCUUCAAAGAAUUGUUCCAAUCCGCAUGCCCAAAAUUCAUCACCCCUACACCACCGGACUUUGAUAACCCUUCGUUGAACAUCGACCCUGUUGAUCACCACACCGAGAUCUUCAUGGACGAAGUCCGCAACACUCUCUUCAACCCCCUGAUCAAAUCGUAUCUGAAACUCUACACAACAAUGAGCAUUCAGAAGCUCGCCGGCUUUUUGGAAGUCGAGCCCGAAAAGCUUCGCAGUUGGCUACUCGUGAACAAGCAGCGAAGUUGUCGGCAAAUACGCUGGACCGAGGGUGGUUUAUUGGAAGGCGAGAUUGUUGGUGUGUUGGGCAACGGAAGCUCAGAGGGGCUCGAUUACGCUAUCGAGGGUGACUUGAUUCAUAUCAGUGAGGCGAAGCAGGGCCGACGCCUGGUGGACUGGUAUCUGAGGAAUCUGGCAAGAUCCUACUAA